AUGGUUGAUCGGAAACAAGCAAAAACGCUAAACACGCUCGCUGCCAACGUAACAAAGCAGAACGAAUUGCAUGUUUCGGACUUUUAUUACGCUGUUCAGAUAAGCGUUUGUCUACUAAAACCAUUUGGUACUUGGCCGCUGGGCAAUGAUGAAACGUCGAGAUUCAAGAUCGUCCUGCACAGGGCAUUAAUGGUGAUCGCCACGUUCCUCUUGAUCUUCACCAUAGUGCCGAUGAUGCUGCACAUGAUGAAAGAAAAGGACGUCUUCCUAAUAAUCCAUUUAAUGUGUGAGUUACUCUUUACUCUAAUGGCUUUCGCGAAAUAUGUUUUGCUGCUCUGGCAUCAGGAUCGGCUCAGGUUCUGCAUUGAUCAUGUAGCUGACGAUUGGCGGUACGCAAUAAUUGCCGAGGAUCGCGAUAUCAUGUUGGCGAACGCUAGAGUCGGCCGCACCUUUGGCAUCACUUCCGUGGUUUUUAUGUUCAGCUGCGGCACACUGUACUACUUACACCCUAUAGUUACACCAAACUUAGUCAAUGAAGACAACGUUACCGUAAGAUUGCAUCCAUCGGCCUGCGAGUUUUUUGUGUUUGAUUCUAAGAUUAGUCCUGUGUACGAGAUCGUGUACUUCUUACAACUUUUAUCCGGUUUCACUGCCUACAGUGCAUUCUGCGGCAUUUGCAGCUUGAUGGCCAAUUUUGUUGCACAUGUAUGCGGUCAGUGUGACGUGUUAAUGUCGCUUUUAGAGGAGCUCGUAGACGGUGGUAAACGCAAUAGCGGGUCCAUCGACAAUCGAAUUGCUCUUGAUAUGAAUAAUAAUGAAUCGUUCGUGCAGAUUUUUAUGUAUUUGUUUGGACUUGUGUCAGUCAUUUUCAAUGUGUUCAUGUUUUGCUACAUUGGAGAUUUGCUCAAAGAGCGUUGCCAGCAGAUAGGAACUAUUUGCUAUACAAUCGAGUGGUAUCGAAUGCCAUCCAGGAAGGCGAUUGAUUUGUUAAUGCCGAUCGCAAUGUCUCGAUACCCUGCGACUCUUACCGCCGGAAAGAUGUUGACGAUGACCCUUACCACGUUCUCUGAAAAAAGUUAUAUCGUGCAUAAUACCGCUAGAAUGAUCCCUAAUGAAUAUCAGGAAACAGACGUGAAAUACGUUUUCGAACAAAGUCACGUUGUACUUCGCAUGCUUGGGAUUUGGCCGUCGAUUGACAGACAGCCAAACAUAAUCGAGAAGAUUAUAAAUAUUUUUCUCGUAAUCGUCUGUUAUCUCUUUCUCCAUUGCGACAUGGUACCGGGUAUUCUUUAUUAUGCAGUAAUCGAUGAUGAGCCGAGUGAGAAAGUAAAAAUGAUGCCACCGAUUCUGUACUCAGUCAUGGCAAUCGCCAAAUACAGUACUUUACUUGUUCAUGAAUACGAUAUUAGAAGUUGCCUGCGGCACAUCAAGGAAGACUGGGGAACAGUAGUCGUCGAUGAUGCGAGAGAAGUGAUGCUGAACAAAGCUAGUAAUGGAAGACGAUUGUUCACCUUGUGCUGCACGUUUAUGUAUUGCGGUGGAUUGUCUUACAAUACGAUAGUGCCGUUAUCGAGAGGAAGUAUUGUUAUCGAUGAGAAUACCACGAUCAGACCCUUCUCCAGCCCCGGAUAUUAUGUUUUCUUCGAUCCGCAGAAUAGUCCUGCCUACGAAAUCGUGUUUCUUCAGCAAGUCCUUUGCGGUUUUGUCAUGUACACGAUCACAGUGGCGAUUUGCGGUCUCGCCGCUGUCUUCGUGAUGCAUGCGUGCGCGCAGAUGGAGAUCCUCAUGCGACAGAUGGAGAACCUCGUCGAUGAGAGUGAGUUUGGACAACGUAAUAUCGGCGCAAAGCUGGCAGUUAUAGUUGAACAUCAAAUAAGAAUACAAAAUUUCUUGCAACUGGUGGAGAAUAUUUUGCGCUACAGUAGUUUAGUCGAAAUAGUCGGGUGCACCACUCUGAUAUGUCUUACCGGAUAUUGCAUAAUAGGGGAAUGGGAUAAUAAAAACUUACCAGCUUUCUGUACAUACGUAACAGCUCUCACGUCUGUCAUUAUUAACAUUUUUAUUUUAUGUUAUAUUGGAGAGUAUAUAACGGCGCAGGCCGAAGAAGUUGGCUUGAUUACUUGCACGCUCGAUUGGUACCGUCUUCCGACAAACGUGGCGCGAGAUAUGAUAUUAGUGAUAAUCUCUUCGAAUAUUCCACCACGAAUUACCGCUGGAAAAUUCAUCGAACUGUCCUUUAAAACAUUCGGUGAUGUAAGUGUCUGGCCGUAUGCGCGUACAAAGGAGACCCUCCAGAGAGUCGCGGUGAUCCUCAUCUCCUACAUCCUCCUCACUUGCGAGUUGGUCCCGACGAUUCUCUACAUGGCCAUCGUGCAGAGAGAGAUCCGUGCCAGGCUGAAAGUCAUCGCCACCGUAAUAUUUAUGGUGCUAGUGAUGACCAAGUACGGCCAUUUGCUGACCAAAAGGAACUUAGUGAGAAACUGCCUCACGCAGGUUGAAGACGACUGGCAAAUAGUCAACUCGCACGAUCGUGAUGUGAUGAUCGAUAAAACUAGAACAGGCAGACGUUUGCUGAUAAUAUGUGCUAUAUUCAUGUACUCCACUGGACUUAGCCUCGCUUACGAGAUCAUAUUCCUUAUGCAAUUCUUCUCCGGAUUCGUGAAAUGCACAGUCACAACAGCGGUAUGCGGCCUUGCAGGUCUUUUCGUGAUGCACACUUACGCACAGCUGGACAUACUGAUGGUCCUGAUGAAUAAUCUGGUAAAUAAAUGUGAACUUAAAAAUGUGAAUGAAAAAUUGGCCACUAUUGUAAAGUAUCAGAUCAAAACGCGAAAGUAA